CAUAAAUGAGGAGCAAUAUUGAUGGACUGGGUGUAUUUUUCUCUCUAACUGUUUACCUGCAAAGCCCAUAAACGUUUCAUUAACUGUUGAAGUGCAGUUCCGCAGAAUCGAUUCGAAAUGCUCGCAUGCGCAAAUGCCAGUCUUUUCCGCCGCUGCGGUUUUGAAAGCCGAGCCACUGGAAAGAUCAUUUUAAAUGCAUCGUUGCCUGUCUUGCGUCGCUCGCUGUACAAUUUGGUGUUCUGUGCUGGGUUCUACGGAUUCCACGUUCCAUUGUUUUGUAGUAACGGAACGUGUUGCUAUGGGUGCGGGUGAACGCGAAAUUAUUACACUGUUAGCGCAGAAAAAUGAGAUUAAAACCAUUCGCGACAGCAUGAUCGCCGUUCAACCAACUUCUGUCUCUUGAGAUGCUGGAUUGACCUCUCACGUUGAAAGGAGGACAAAUAUUGCACCUAUGUUUCAGUUGUCAGCCGGAUUUACUGAAGACCGUUAGAAAGAAGCAUUUAGACACAUGGAUGCAACUGAGAACGGCGUAAAACUCAUUUUCGGUUUUCACUAAUCGGACUCAUUCUUGUAAGGGGUGAAAGCAUCCAGCCUACAAAUGGAGAUGUACGACAAUCUGGGUCUAGUGGGAGAGGGUACGUAUGGAUCAGUGAUGAAAUGCCGGCACAAAGAGACAGGGCAAAUAGUCGCCAUCAAAAGAUUUCAAGAUCGUGAAGAUGACAGAUUGGUCAAGAAAAUUGCUGUCAGGGAAAUACGAUUUCUGAAGCAAUUUAGACAUGAAAAUCUAGUAAACCUUAUUGAGGUGUUCAAACAAAAGAAGCGUUUAUUCUUGGUGUUUGAAUUUGUUGACCACACUGUUUUGGAUGAUUUGGAACGGUUUCCGAAUGGUUUGGAAAGUAAGAGACUCAGAAGGUGCCUCAUCCAGGUGCUAAGGGCUACUGAGUAUCUUCACAAGAACAACAUAAUUCAUCGUGAUAUUAAACCUGAGAAUGUCUUGGUCUCAGGGUCAGGUGUUGUUAAACUCUGUGAUUUUGGCUUUGCCCGUACAUUGGCCGCACCAGGAGAGACUUACACAGAGUAUGUGGCCACUCGCUGGUAUAGGGCUCCAGAGCUAGUGAUUGGUGACAACAAAUAUGGAAAACCAGUGGACAUUUGGGCAUUUGGAUGCAUGUGCAUUGAAAUGGCAACAGGACGCCCCUUUCUGCCUGGAACCUCUGACUUAGACCAGAUCCAUAAGAUAGUGACUCAAGUGGGAAACUUAACGCCACGCCUCAAGAGUCUUUUUAGCAAAAAUCCUAUAUUUGCCGGGGUAUGUCUACCAGACGUCCAGAGACCAGAAUCACCAGAAAAGAAGCUGGCAAAAUGUAAUCCUUUGUUGACUCUGCUGGUGAAGAAAUGCUUACAGAUGGAUGCAGACAAGAGAGCUUCAUCCACAGAGCUUCUAAAACACGAAUAUUUCACAGCAGAUGGAUUCUCAGAAAAAUUUAUCCCAGAGAUUCAAGCUCAGGUCCUCAAGGAUAUGAAAGAUAAUCUGCUGUUGAUUAGAAAACGUAAAAACAUCAGCAAAGAAAUUUCAGAAUAUGAGAAGACACUGCUAGCUAUAAAACAAUGCACUAAAAAGCAUGGAAAGGACACAACAAAGGAUAGAGAGCCUAAAAGCAGGAAGUACAAACGUAUUAGCUCAAAAGCCGAUCAGGUAGAUCAUCCAACUGUUUGGAAAUCUUCUCCAAAGCCUCGGGAAGAUGCUGUGGGAAAUCUUUCUUCAGUUCCUGAAGAAAUAGAAGGAAGUCUCAUGGGAACCGAAGGAACUCCUACUGGAACUGACGGAAGGUCUACUAAUGGCAGUAACACAAGUCCAGCAGUUAUUUCCCUGAAGGAUUUGAACACUGGUGUGGAAGGUUUGAACACACCAGUGACAACUAUCCCUCCCAUUAGCAUGCAUGCCAGAAUAACCACUUCUGUGUCUUCUAACAAAAAUCUCAAUAAUGACACCAAUGAAACUUCAAUUUCGAACUCAAGAAUGCAAGAGAAAGUGAAGAUAAAAUCAAGCCCUUGCGCCAACCAGCUGACCGAAAUACUUCCAGCACCAAAUCUAAUUCCCGGAAACCCCUGCCCAAGAACAUUACAGAAGAAGGACUUCAGUUAUUCAAGAAGGCAGAUUAAGAAGGAUGAGGACACUGAUCUUGGUGAGCAACCUGUACAAAUAGAUCAAGAGCUUAAUGGAACAAGAAAAAAGCCGAAGUCCACAAAGACAGGGAAGAGAGAUCUCCAUUUCCCUGAGCUCCCGUCAACUGGCUACCCAGUGGAAGGGAAGGGGUUGGAAGGAAAGUGCAAAAUGCUGAAAAAGGAGUUGAGAAUCCCUUCGUUGGUGAUUUCUGACCAGGAUCAAACUAGGAACACUUUCCACCAGGCCACGGGAGAUUCACGGAAAGCCAGGAACUCUGCAUGUAGAAUGCAUUGCCCGGGAUGAAAGAUUUCCAUGUAAUAAAGCCUGUCAUUGCUGAUGGGAGAGUGUGCCACAUUUAUUUUAGCUAAAUUAAAACAAAGCAAUUUUUUGAAAAUUCUUUC